AUGUUCAGGUCUCGUAGAGUUUCAAGAGCUCCUGAAGAACCUGUUAAUUUAGGUGCUUUGGCUGCUGCCUCAGCCAUUGGCAAAGCAUUGCAUACCAAUGGAAGAGGAGUAGAUCACUCAAAAUUACCUGCUUAUAAUAAUAAUAACGCAGGCAAUCCUGUCCAACCCAAUUCAUCAGGUGCAACCACCACCAACAAUAAUUCCAAUCGUCGGAAUUCCAUAAUGCGUACCAGUAAUAGCAAUAGCCGAAAUGGUAGCAGGAAAAAUAGUAUACAGAAUCGUAAUCUUUCAUCCCAACCUUCAAACUCAAAUUUGAAAUCAAGUGCGAAACCCAUGAGAAGAAACUCAAUGAUUGUUCAGAGAGAUAGUAGUGCAAACAAACCACGUACUUCAAGCUUACAAAAUUCAAACCAACAGAUUAGAAGCAAUUCAGCUUCGGGUUCAAUUGUAAGGAGAAGACAAAGUGUCAUAAAACAAUCAGAAUAUGAUGUAGAUCCACAACAUGCAUUCACCGAAUUCGGUGGGAAACAGGCUUCCCCUGGGAUCAUGCAUAGAAAACCAUCUUCUACUUCUCUAAAUAGAAAUUCUAGUAGAACAAACUCAAUGUCAAGAAAUGAUUCAAUGACUUCAAAAAGAUAUGUCCCUGGUCCACACGGCUUGAUCGCCAUAGAGGUACCGGUUGUGGCCCAACAACCACAAGACCCUCAAGGAAACAGGAAAGUAAGACGUUCUGUAUCAGCAACAUUCCAUAAUGCAUCAUCGAGAUCUGGCUCUUUGAAAAAUAAAUCUUCAUCAAACUCUUUGAAAGCACAAGAAAAUCCAUUGAGAAAAAGCUCUUCAAGAAAUUCUUUAGCACAACCUCAAGAAAAGAGAAAAUCAUCUUUAACUGGGUCAAAAGACUCUAAAGUGCACGGUGCCAAUAACGGUAACAAUCAUAACAACAAUAUUAAUAAUAAAAAUAAAGUCAAAAAUAAUAAUCAUAACAAUACUAAUAGUAAUAGUAAAAACCAAAAUCAAAGUUCUCAAAAGCCUCAUUCUACCCAUUCGGUUAGCCACAUGCAUUCAAAGCCAAGAAUAUUAAAGGAAGAAGAUAUGUCUUUAUUUGACACAUCUGUUCAAGAAGAAACAGAACAAGAACUUAAUGACGAAAACCUAGAAAUAAGACCAAUGAUGAUACAAUCUAAUCAUUUGGAAGGUUUGAAUAGAAGACCAAAGGACAUAAAAAUUGUACCAGAUGAAAAGGAAGUUGCGAAUCCACCUAAGGAAAAAUAUCAAACCAAUGCUAUCGGUGAAGAUACCAAGAAAAUAGAAACAGGUAUUCCUGAAGAAGAUGAAAAUAGUAAAUUCAACAAUAUAGAAAUUAAGGAAAAUAGAGAAAUCCAACCCGAUGUAAAAGAUAUUUCAAAUGAAGAUGUAUUGCCUCUAGAUGCAGGAUCAUUGAACUCUAUAAAUAAUGGUGUUGAAGAAAGAGAUAACGGGGAUAAUCAAGAGAUCAGACAUCCUGAAAAUGAGGAAAUGAAAGAAGUGAUAAAAUCUGAAAAUUUGGAAAGCUCACAUAUUGAUGAAAACAAUAAACCAGAUUUGAACGAAAUUGUAGAUAAAAAUGCCCCUGGAAAAACAUUGGACGAAUCAUCAGAAAAACUCGAAAAGGACGUAUCCUCUGAAACAGAAGAAACUACUAAAGUUUCAAACACAGAGAAUAAAGAAAAUGAAAUUUUAGAAGUUGGAAGUGAAACAGCUCCUAGUGUUGAAAAUGGAUCUAAUGCUGAAAGUAGUGGUGUUGAUAACAUACAGGAUAAAAUUUUACAAGAUAAUAAUCCUUAUAAAAUGGCAGAAAUUAAUGCAUCUGAAGUAUUUGAGGAUGCUAAUGGUAAUAUGGAAGUUGGUAAUAAUCAAGAUUUUGCCUCUCCUCUAAAGCUACAAAAGGAAACAAGUAAUGCCAGUGUCUCCAGUGAUAAAAGUGGAAAGGAAGGCAGCCCUAACAUGGCACAAUAUUUACGUGCAAUUAGCCCACAUUUAGCCAACCAAUCUUCUGCUUUGCCUAUCCAUCCUGCCAAUUCUAGGUCUCCAUUGUCAAAAGUAGUUAAUGGUUCAAAUUCAGAAAAUCCUCCAACAGAACAAAAGUAUAGUGCAAAAACUACUUCGCCAAUAAAGUCAGCAAUGAAGAAAAAUCCAACAACUUCAAGUAAGGAGAACACUUAUGGUAAUGCCAGUUCACCUGCUAGCCAGGCAUAUCUUUCAUUGACGACAGCAGAGAACACUAGAUUAAAUGCCCAGAUUGCUGCAUCCGAUGUUUCCAGAAAACCAACAAUUGUUAGGGCAAAUACAAGACCAAGAUCAAUGGUCUCUAACAGAAAUAGAAACUCGUUAGUUGAACCCGUCAAGGGUAAGGGUCAGUCUGGUACUACUUCCCCAGCUAAUCGUCAUUCUAUGCUUUCUAAUACUUCUGUAGAAAGAAGAGGAAGCAAAUUAAUGAGCAAUACUAAUAAUAAUAAAUCACCAAACACUACCUCAACUCAAAGUAAAUCUACUGAAGCCAAACCUAAUUAUAAACCUACGAGUCCAUCUAAUUUAUCAAAUAACAUAUUGUAUCCUAAGGAGCCACCACAAAAGAGAUCUAGUUUCGAAAAAGUAAGAAAUUCUGAUGGUGCGAUAGGCUUCAAGAGUAUGUCUUUAAGAGAUAGCGCUCGUUUAGAAGCUGCACAAAUAGAUCAAAGACAAGCUUCUAAUGCUAAUUCUCAAUGGUCCAACCCUAUGGGAGGUGAUUGGAAAUCAAGAUUCCAAGAUUCCGACUCUGAUGAUGAGGGCUAUAGCAAGCCAUCUAGCGGUGGCUUCUCUGGUAGAAGAGGUGAUAUGACACCUCCGAAUCCUGCAUUCAAAGGACAUUAUAGUGCAGAUGAUCAUUCAAAUUUGAGGUCAGUUUCAGAAAAUGUUUCACCAAACAAGAUAAAUAAGAAAUGGAGUAAGCUUUCACUAAGAUCAUCAAGUGUGGGUGAUAAAAACCAAUUGAAUGCCUCGCGUAUGUCCAAUACAAAUGGUGGAAUGCCUUCUAAUAAUCCAGUACCCGGAGAGUCAUCGACUAGAAGCGAAAGUGAUGCCAAAAACAAAACUACUUUUGGAACCAAAUUGAAGAAAUUGUUUGGCAGGAAAAAAGAACAACAACAGUAA